GUUUAAGAUAUAUAGAACACUUGAUGACAGAAUGUGUAACGAAAUAAAAGUCAAUAUUUAUAUUACGACUUACUAGUAGUGCACAAUUAGCUAUUCUGCAGAGGCAACUGCGAGAGCGUUGAGUGCAUGUGACGUCAUCUGGUGUAUGCUACUCACAUUGCGCGCUCUUUUGACGAAAUCUUAUAAAUGCUUUGCAGAAUGCGGUCAGCGCUUUGUUUUGCCGGCGAAAAUGGACGCAGCGGAAGUAGCAGCAAAUAAAGAAGCUGAGGCUAGCAUUGAUCUGCUGGCCAUAGUGCUGGACACGAAUCCCACACAGCACAUUGUGCGUCAAAAUCCACAAAAUCUCACACAAAUCCUGGAGGCAGUCAUCGCCUUUGGCAAUGCACAUCUCAUGCAGAAGGCGCAAAAUAAACUGGCUGUCAUAUCCUGUUCACAUCAUGCAACCGACUUUCUUUAUCCGCUGCCCGGCCGGCAAGUGGAGCUGCGCCCGAUUGAUGGCCAGUACGAAGCAUUCAGUUUGGUGGAGAAGACAGUGAAGCAGCAAUUGGGCAGCAUACUAAUGAAUGCGCCACGCCUGAGCUCACCCUGCGAAAGUCUGCUUGCCGGCAGCAUGUCCAUGGCCCUGUGCUACAUAUCUCGCCUGCAACGCAAUGUUGCCGCUGGCGUCAAGAUGCACUCGCGCAUUUUGGUCUUGACGGGCAGCAAUGAGUGCGCCUCCCAGUACAUGACCUACAUGAAUGUCUUCUUUACGGCUCAAAAGCUGAGCAUUGUGAUCGACGCGUGUGCGCUGGACAAGACGCUGAGCCUGCUGCAACAGGGCUGUGAUAUCACCAGUGGACAGUUCCUAAAGGUUACCCAGUUGGAUGGUUUGCUGCAGUACUUGCUGUGGGUCUUCAUGCCAUCGCCUCAGAUGCGUCACAAAUUGGUGCUGCCACCGCCGCCAAAGGUGGAUUAUCGCGCCUCCUGCUUUUGUCAUCGUGAGCUCAUCGAUAUUGGCUACGUUUGCUCCGUCUGCUUGUCCGUAUUCUGCAAAUACAGUCCCAUUUGCACCACAUGCCAUACCAUCUUCAAGACGCCGGGACCACUGCCCAUUAAGCCCAAGAAGAAGAAGAAGACUGAGAAACAAAUGUGAUCCAAUUUUCACAACUCGGGUUCAAUCUUUGUACGUAACUGUCAAAUUAUUACAAUUACGAAAUAAACAAGUAUUCUAAGA